AUGUCCUUUACAUCGCAGAUUGUUGUGGACUGCCGCGGGCAUUUGCUGGGUCGCCUGGCAUCUGUGCUGGCCAAGGAGCUGCUGAAUGGACAGCACGUCGUGUGCGUCCGUUCCGAAGACGUCAACAUCUCUGGCUCCCUCUAUCGCAACAAGCUGAAGUACGCGGCCUUCAAGAGGAAGCACAUGAACUCCAACCCUCGACAGGGGCCUUUCCACUACCGAGCACCCUCUAAGAUCCUUUGGCGCACCAUCCGUGGAAUGGUUCCCCACAAGACCGCCCGCGGCGCAGCCGCCCUGGACAGGCUGAAGACCUUCGAGGGCAUCCCUCACCCCUACGAUCGCAAGAAGCGAAUGGUGGUCCCCAGCUGCCUGAAAGUCCUCCGCCUGCGCCCCGAGCGACGCUUCUGCCGCCUCGGCGACCUCUCCAAGGAGGUGGGCUGGAAGCACGGGGCCCUGAUCGAGCGCCUGGAGUCACAGCGAAAGGUGAAGAGCGAGGCAUUCCACAAGAAGAAGACAGCCACGCUGAGAGCCAAGAACGAGGCGAAGAAGGCCGUGAAGCUUUCCGCAGACCAGAUGAAGGCAAUGCAAACGGACACGGACUCAAUGCCCUUCUUCCGAGUCCAGGGAUCUGCUGGCAGGCCCUGGAGGAUGCAGGCUAUGCGUGAGUGGCGCUCUCCUUUGAGGCGUUUGCUGCUUGAGGACUUGCGGAAAUGGCCGAGCGGGUGCGAGAAAAGCCUGGCAUCUGUGCUGGCCAAGGAGCUGCUGAAUGGACAGCCGGGGCACGUCGUGUGCGUCCGUUCCGAAGACGUCAACAUCUCUGGCUCCCUCUAUCGCAACAAGCUGAAGUACGCGGCCUUCAAGAGGAAGCACAUGAACUCCAACCCUCGACAGGGGCCUUUCCACUACCGAGCACCCUCUAAGAUCCUUUGGCGCACCAUCCGUGGAAUGGUUCCCCACAAGACCGCCCGCGGCGCAGCCGCCCUGGACAGGCUGAAGACCUUCGAGGGCAUCCCUCACCCCUACGAUCGCAAGAAGCGAAUGGUGGUCCCCAGCUGCCUGAAAGUCCUCCGCCUGCGCCCCGAGCGACGCUUCUGCCGCCUCGGCGACCUCUCCAAGGAGGUUGGCUGGAAGCACGGCGCAUUGAUUGAACGCCUCGAGUCCCAGCGCAAGGUGAAGAGCGAAGCCUUCCACAAGAAGAAGACGGCGACCCUGAGGGCCAAGAACGAGGCCAAGAAGGCUGUGAAGCUCUCUGCGGAUGACAUGAAGGCGCUUGAGGAUGCAGGCUACGCAUGA